GAAGCACUCUAAUAAGUGCUGUAUGAUGAUGAUGGAGAAUUACAUGGAUGAGGCCAUAUAUGCUAGUAUUCCUAAAGUGGAUACCGCAAAGGGACUUCUUGAGGAGAUAGGAAAGAAGUUUAUCAAGUUUGAUAUGAAUGAGAAGCAUCAUUAUUUGGACCUAUUGAACAAUACCAAGUAUGAUGGUAUUAAAGGAGUAAGGGACCAUAUUAUGCUACUUUCUUCUUAUUAUAAUAAGCUGAAGGAUCUUAAGAUGGACAUUGGAGAGGAGUUCUUGACCUAUUCUAUAAUGAGGAGUCUUCCAUCCCAGUUUGAUAAUAUCAGGUCGAGUUUGAAUACUAAGAAAGAAGGUUGUAGUUUGGAGGAAUUGACUACUAUCCUUGUCAAGGAAGAGGAUGAUAUUAAAUUAAGUAAGUCUAGGUCUGUUGCUAUGGUUUCACAUCAGGUAGAUAAGUCCAAGAAGUUUUUCCAAAAGAAGGGACAAGGAUUCAAGCCAGGACAAGGUUUCAAGCCUGGACAGGGAUUUAACCCCAAUAGGAAGAAGUUUUCUGGUAUGAAGCCUAAAGGGCCGAGGGAUGGUGGUUUUCAGAUUAGAGAAAGGAAAGAGUACUUCAAUGGAAGGUGUGGAUACUGCAAUAAAGUUGGGCAUAAGAAGAUAGACUGUUGGACCUUAAAGGGAAAGCAAGAGAAGAAAGGGGAUGAUAAGCCGAAGGGGCCCAACCAAUCUUGAGCAGCAUGUUUAUAUGGGAGAUAGCUCAAGAGUGAAGGUGGACAUUGUGGGAACAAUCAAGUUGAAGCUUUCCACUGGAUAUGCUUUGGAGUUGCAAGAAGUUUCUUAUGUACCUUCAAUAAGAAGAAACUUGUUAUCUAUUUCUGUUUUGGAUAGUCAAGGUUAUAGUUUUUUGUUUGGA